GAGAGAGACCAAAGAGUUUUAUGCUAAUAAGCCCAGGCCAAAGCUGCUGCCGCUGAGCGCGAGAGCUCACUGGAAACUGCGUCGUCACCACGGAAACCUGGACUGCUUCCGCGUGAAGGGCUCUCCAGCAGGGGGCACAGUGAGAUUUGAUGCAGCCCCUGCACGUCCACUCAUUGCCAGUCCACGCAGUGUCUCUGCAGUGCGGAUCACUCCUCUGAGGACCAUGAAGAGCUCUCCAGAUCUGAUGCCCACUGAGUUGGAUCCAACACGUGUGUGUAAGGGGAAGGGGGCUGUUACUCUGAAAGCCACAUUAGUGCACGUCGAUGAUGGAGACUGUAUCACCCAGGAACGGCUUGUGAGUCCAACCAAGAGUGAAUGCCACCGAGCGGUCAAUGGAGAUGCCACAGAAACGAAUUUGGCAGAGAAAAGGCUAAAUAGCCCUGGAGCUGAUUUAAAUUCAGAGCAAGUCAGCAAGGCUACAACACAGGUCGAGUGUCCUAUAAGCGUAGAUCAGAGUGGACUCCCAUCAUCAACCACUGUGCCAUCUGUGUGUGCGCCAAACAGCAGUGUAUACCCAACUAUUGUUCUGUUGCAGCAUGGCACAGAUGCUGUAGAGCAGCAGGACAGAGUGUGUGAUCAGGGCUCCACCGAGACUCAGUUCUGUUCUCUACCUGAAGAUUCUCAAAGAUCCUCUACACAGAUGGAGGGCAGGAGAAUGAUGAUUACUGUUCACCCAGCGUCCCCUGUGCCGCUGGAGAAGCCCCGAGUCCCAGUACGGAACACAGAGAAGUCCAAGGACUGGUACAAGAACAUGUUCAAACAAAUCCACAGAAUUCCAGAAACUGUUGAGGAAAAUCCAUACCGUCCCACCUACAUAUUCCCCGAGAGCUAUGACAGGCCACUGAAAACCAGAGAUGACAGCUCUUCACAUAUGGACGAUUAUGGGCGAAGUGUUCCUCGGUCUAAAAGCGCUGUAGACAUGGCCAGCUCACAGUCAAGGCGAAAAGUCUCUAUGCCAACUCGAGCGUCUUCCCUACUACCAGAAAGAAAUGAGUGGGAGCCCCCUGACAAGAAGGUGGACACCAGGAAGUAUCGUGCUGAACCCAGGAGCAUCUUCGACUAUGAGCCGGGGAAGUCGUCUGUGCUGAGGGCGGAGAGGCCGGACUUAACCCCUGAAGAUGUAGAUUUAGAGAAUGAACCAUGGUAUAGAUUCUAUUCAGAGAUGGAGUUUGGCAAAACGAGUGCCCCCUCUUUCACUCCCUUGGAAACAGCCUCCGACCUGCAGCAAUACCCGGCGUGUAAACCGGGCCCCAGUGUGGCGGGGAAGGAGAGCGGCUCGGCUGGUGCUGAGCACGCAGCUCCAGAAUGCGAUCGGCACAUUUACAAAAGUGUCCUGGAGGGCGGCGACAUCCCACUACAAGGCCUGCGAGCACUUAACAAACGUCAUCCCAGUACUUCUUCUAAAGACUCAGAAUCCUCACAGCCAUUAAGCCAAGGAGAUCAAGGAGAAAACCCAGAUGAGGUGGCCCGCAGACGCUACGGGGACAAAGAGAAAAUUCUAGAGGAGCAGAGACGUUUGAAGCGGGAACAAGAGGAGGCGGACAUCGCAUCACGGCGGCAUGCAGGCCUAGUCCUCACGCAUCAGCAGUUCAUCACCAAUGAGCGCUUUGGGGACUUGCUCACCAUCAGUGACUCUGAGAAAAGGAAGUCCGGCCCAGAGAGGACACCUGCCCUGGCCCUGUUUAACUUUAAAGCGGAGACUUUAAAGGAGCUGCCAUUUCAAAAAGGAGACAUUGUGUACAUCUUUCGGCAGGUGGACCAAAACUGGUAUGAAGGAGAGCAUCAUGGUAGAGUUGGCAUUUUCCCACGCAACUAUGUUGAGCUACUGCCCCCGACAGAAAAAGCCCAGCCCAAAAAGAGUGCUCCAGUUCAAGUGCUGGAGUAUGGAGAGGCCAUCGCACGCUUUAAUUUCACUGGGGACACAGCUGUCGAGAUGUCGUUCAGAAAGGGAGAGAGGAUAACACUCAUUCGUAGGGUGGAUGAAAACUGGUACGAAGGAAAGAUUUCAGGCACCAACAGACAAGGCAUCUUCCCAGUCACUUACGUGGAUGUGCACAAAAAGCCUCGUGUUAAAAAUGGAGUGGACUACCCUGAUCCUCCCCUUAGCCAAUCACCCCAUCGCAGCACAAAUGCCUCCCCACAGCCGGUGCGUACCCGUCUCAGCACCUCCCCUCUCCCCCUGCCACGCUCACCACGCCGCUCUGUCUCUCCUGAAGUCCAUGCCAUAUCCAACGAGUGGAUCUCCCUCACAGUGGGAGGUGUGAGUAGUAGUCCCCCAGCUGCCCCAACUCCUCCUCUGCCUCCUCUGCCCAGUACCGCCUAUCGUCUGGGUGAAUAUCUGCCCCCAUCACACUCUGCCAGCCCCGUGCCCCCCAUCACCAACAGCCCGUACUGCAUCUCACCCAUGGCUUCACCAUCCAACUCCCCCCUACCCCCUCCGUAUCCACCCCGGCCCAACUCUGCCACUCCGUUCCUCACCUUCACCCCACCGCAGGGGGAGGACUUCCUCCUUUUCCCUCCUUCACCACGUCUGUCACGUAGUCUGAGUCCGAGUGGUGGUGCCGGCAUGGAGGGAUGGCUGAGUGGAGCAGGAAGGCUGGAUUCAGAGCUGCAGGAGGGUGAAGGGGGAGAGCUGGACAGGGUUGGCGGCUCCCGCAAGGCGCCAUGCAGCUGGAGAAAUAGUCCAGCAGAGCCUUUGAAGAAUGAAGGAGAUUACCAUGGGAGAUCCUCGAGAAGUCCGGUAAUGUUAUUUGACAUCCAGGACAACAACAUGAACGCCAACUCAUUCACGGAGGCAGUAUGUAAUGAGAUCAUGAAUAUUGCAGAGACCUCAGUGAGGUACUGCAGCACUUUGUCCCGCCCUUUAGACUCCGCCCACAGAUUGAUGCCCCACCUCAGUAAACGCUCUCUCAUCAUUUCCCAGCAACCCCAGUCCCAAAGCAGCAGCCCUGAACCUGGACGUCUAAGCUGCGGCAUAUUCCAGGCUUUGUACAGCUAUGUGCCACAGAAUGACGAUGAGCUAGAGCUGCAGGAGGGAGACCUUGUGAACGUCAUGGAGAAAUGCGAUGACGGCUGGUUCGUGGGUACAUCUAAGAGGACAAAACAGUUCGGCACCUUCCCAGGGAACUACGUGAAGGCCGUUAACUUGUAAUAUGUGAAAAUGUCUGGUCUGUAUGUAGAGAUUCUAACACUAUGUUAAUAGCGGUCUGUGUGGGACACUGUUAAUGAUGAGCUCAAGUGUUUGGAACCCCCCCACCCCCCACCCCCCCACCCCCCACCCCCCCGUCAGUGUUGUAUCUUGCCCAGGUGAAUGUCCAGGUAUGUGAUUGGUAAAGUUUGUAGCAUGUUAGCAAGAAUUUUGUAGUAAAACUACAAGGAUCAGCUUGUCAGCUUUCACACAUUGUUUCACACACACACGCACAUAUAUAUAUAUAUAUAUAUUAAUAUACAUUAUUUACAUUUUGUUUUUAUUUAAAUUUAAAUGUUCAUGUCCAUAAUGUAUAAUUAUUUUUUCUUUUUACUGAAUCACAUACCUGACAUUAACACAGCAAAAAAAAGUAGACGAAACAGACUAGCACCAGUGUGUUAAAGGAUCAGUGUGUAGUUAAAGGCACUUAAAGGAGGGUACCAGAGUUGAAGGUUAAAGGGCCAGAUAAAGGUCAGCAAAAAAAAAAAAAAAAAAAAAAAAACCCGAGAUGGAUUUACGCAAAACUUGUAAAUCAGUUUGGGACUCCCUGUGUAUAUUUUGAGAGCAAUAUAGAUGGUGUGGUUGAGUUCCUGCUCAGAUGUGAACCGCCACGUGGACUGAUAUCACUAAACUGUAAGCACUUAAGUCUAUAUGGACUAAUCAGGAUGUUUUGGGGAUCAGUUGUGUGAAAAUCCAGUGUUUUAUUUAUCACAGCUGCACAGUGUUUUAUUUAUUACAGUAUAUCGGCUGUGGAAAAAUCGUUCCUUUUAAACCUGUUUCAGAAAAGAGUUGGUUUUAAGGUCUGCCUUUUUGUUGAUAAUCCUAUUUUAUGGAUAUGUAGGCUGUAAAGAUCAGGAGUAGUCAGGUUCCACCAAAAUUCUGCCUUGAAAACAUCCUGAUAUGCUCUCAUCUUUUAUUUUAUACAAACACAAAAAAGGAACGGUCUCUCUUGAUCGUCUCUCAUGUUUCACACACUGGCAGUCCUAAUCCUCCUUAAUCUAACUGAGACAAAUCUGUUACUAGACAUAAACAAUUGUCAGUGUUUUUGUAAAUGACUAAGUCAUGUUAAGCGAGAAAGAACAUUUUGCAUUCAUUUUGGUGUCCGUAGCUCAGCAGAUAAAUUCGAACAACUGUAAUAAUGUUUGCAUUAAUGACUGUUUGCCUUUUAUACUGUAUGUGCAGUUAUAGGAUGGAAGUCUUGCAACCAAAAUAUAUAAACUACCAGUCAAAAGUGUGGACACACCUUUUCAUAUAAAGCUUUUCUUCAUUUUAAUAAUGAAAAAAAGAUUAGCACAAUGAAACAACAUAUUCAAUUAUACCGUGAACUAGAAAAGUACAAAACAAAUCAAAACUAUUUCAUAUUUUCAAAUUCCUGAUUCAUCUUGGCAUCAUCUCAACCAGCUUCAUUAAGGACCUUCCCAAAUAAGCCAAGCUACACAGUGUUUCUACCAAGUUGUAAAUGAAAGCUACUUGUUCGUGGAAAAAACUGUUUUAACCCUUUACUGCAUGGUGUUGCCAUAUGGCAACUAAUUAGUUUUACUCCAAUUUUUGAUAGGCAAUAAUACAAAGCUACUAUUUUCCUAUAUAACUGGAAUUAGGGGUCUUUAAGCCUUGACAUAUCAAAAAAAAAAAAAAAAAAAAAAAAAAUAAAAAUAAAAAAGCCAUGUCACAUGACCAUGACCCUUUCUGCAGUCACAUGGCAUGGUGAAGGUCAUUACUGGAGGGCUCUCAAAAUUUUAUAAAUGUUUCACUAUUAAGGCAAAAUUACUUAAAGGAAAAAUUUAAAUACUAUUCGAGUUAAAAUUUAUUUAAAAAAAAAUAAUUUAUACAAGUUUAUAUAUUUAGAGUAUUCUGUUAAAUGGUAAAAUGUAAUUGUUGCCAUAUGGCAACAAAAUGCGAUAAUGGUACUGUGGUAUGCGCAUUCAUGAAUUGAAACAGGCCUACAUAGCAAAACAGAGCUAAGCUUCUCUAGUUGUAUAUUUUUACAUUCAGAGUAAGAUAAUCUUGGUAUUUCAGACAUUUUGCAAGAGAUAUAAUUAAAAAGAUACUUCACCCAAAACAUGUCUGGAUCAAAUGUUUGUAUGUAUUUUGAGUGAAUAAAUCCAUUCACAUACUUUUUACAACUGCAGUUCCUUUCUAGAACAUAUAACAUUUACAUGUUUACUAUGUGGCAACCCCCCCCAAAAAAAACAAAAAAACAAAACAUGUAGUCUGGAAAAUGCAGUAAGUGGAAUCUCAGACAUUUUGUGUUUUUCUUUGACUAUAUGAUACUUUCCACCAUUGCACAUUGUUGCCAUAUGGCAACAAUUUACCAAAUACCCCCUAAAACUUUUUAUUAAAAUUAAAAAAAAAAAAAUUAUUACUUGAACUAAUUCAAGUAAAGAAAUCCAUAAAAACUUUAUGCAAAUGUAAUAAUUCAUGCAGUAGAGGGUUAAGUAAAAGCUACAUAUUAAUCCAUCUAUUUACAUUUCUCAUAGAAAUAAUUUUAUUUUGAACUAUAAGACUUUAUCAAAAAUAUCUUUAAUACCAUGAAAAAUAUAUUCAAUCUAGUGUCCAUACUUUUGACUAGUGGUGUAUUUCAUUGGCUCGUGUGCUACAGCAGUGUGUUCGGGUCAAACAAGAAGUGGAAAAAAGUGCUGCUUGGAGAAUCAGGCACUUUUUCAUCCCUAUUUCUAAAGGGAAAAACAGACCUCACAAAGUGAAAGGUAAAGAGUUGGUUUUAACAUUAAUAGAGAACAGGGAGUAAAAUGAAUAUCUUAGGACUAUAGAGACUAUUUUAGGAACCAGUUGAGUAAUAUAAGGCAAUGUAAAUACAGGUCAUUUUAUCAUUAUUCUUGUAAUAUUUAAAAUUGUUCUUGAAAUGUUCUUAUUUUCCUAAACCUGAAAAUAUAAUGUUGAUGAGACCGGCCCUCCUAAGAGCACAUACUGUAUGAUCACCGUAAUAUGUUGCUGUACUACACCGGCCUGUGUGAUAUAUCGAAAUAUAUAUUUUUUCUGUUUAGAAAGCUUGGAUCGUGAAGGACCGCAUGCAUUAACAUGCUGUCCUUUAUAGAACUUUUAUCCUGAUGUUGACCGCAAACGUGUCCGGGUCAUUUCUGAUCUGUAUGAAAUGCCGUACCUCCUUCCUUCCUAUCUUGAAGUGCCAUUUAUACGAGUAAGCUACAUUAGGAUCUUUUUUUUAAUCUGUAUAAUAAACCAACAAGCUGUUCAUGAUAAUUUAGCUACAUCUGCUGUAGCUGCAUUUCGAGUGUUGGGAAGACUGAAUAGAAGGAAAAAGAAAUGAUCGCUAACUAAACCUGAUGUGAAGAUCAUACAAUGCAUGAGUUUCUACACCGUGUUGCACCUCUGACAGCCAUAAAGUAUUACAGUUUAUGAGCUAAUGAAGGCUGAAUACUUUGGCUCACUGUAUUAUUGUGCAUUGCAUUCCAUAUCAUGCCACAGAGAGUCACUGCUGAGCAUGUGUGGAGUGUGUCACGUGUUUAACUGUACUCCUAACAGAUACACAUACGGUAUUGAUCAUAUUCUUGGUUAAUAUUACAGCAUAUAUCAUUGUCUGGCUUCGGUCGCCAUCACGUUUUAACCGACUACGGCCCAGAUUAGAUUCACAUAGGUUUUCAAGUUUAUCACGAGCUUUAUUCCAUUCGACUGCAUGAAACAUCAUGCGAUAGACAAAAUAAGCAACAUAGUGUCUUGAGAAUCCUGUGCUUUGGACGUAAGCAGAGACGAGAGAAUUGUACUUGUAAAUAUGUAUAAUAUAAAUGAAUAAAAUGUUUGACAGCCUCUAGGAAUAUAGUUUCUAUUACAGGGAGAGUUUUAGGAAAGCACAGUGAGUUGCUUUCGGCGCACGCGCUCUGAUAUGAACGAAUGACAGAUUUCUAACACUGUUUUAGGAUCCAGAUGCCUUUUGUCUCACAGCUUUGUUAACCGUGCCUGGUUUUUAUUGUUUUUCUUUUUGCCUUGAUACAUCGAGAAAUAAAUCCGUGUUACUUUGUAGGAUAUGAUGCUUUAUCACAAGUGUGUCAUGGGAGACAAUUACCGAGAUCCUGACUACAAUCACUGGACAUAUUCAUAAAGAGUGUGACAUAAUGCCUGUAGUGAUUUUCCACACGCAGAGGCUCACAUUGUAGUUAGAUGGUCUUUUCCUUUAUUUGCAGUGCAGUUACAGAUAGAAUGCUAUUUACUGCUGUGAUUUCAUUAUUAUGCAAUAUUUAAUAAAAUGUAUUAAAGCUUU